AUGCCACAAAAAAAAGAAAGUAGAACCGAGAAAGAAUCUUUGGUUUCCCAAGAACUAAAAGAUAUUAUUGCCAGUAUUGUCAAAGAAUAUGGCGAGGGCGUUAUCACCACUUUGGGAAAGAGCAAGUCAAAAGAGCAAAAAGUAUUAUCAACUGGUAGUCUCCUCCUCGACCAAGCCAUUGGCACUGGUGGCUACGUUUGCGGAAAGAUAGUAGAAAUAUUCGGUCUAGAAUCCAGUGGCAAAAGCACAUUAGCCUUGCACGCAGUUAGCGAAUGCCAAAAAUUAGGAAAAAAAGCUGCUUAUAUUGAUUUGGAAAAUGGCUUAGAUAUCAAGUAUGUGGAAAAUAUUGGUGUCAAAAGUGAGGACUUAAUAAUUGCCUAUCCCAGCAGUGGUGAGGAAGGAUUUGAGAUAAUGAGUAAAUUAAUUAAGAGUGGCGUCGACCUAAUAAUUGUUGACUCAGUUUCUAAUUUAAUUCCCCGGUCCCAAUUAGAAGCCAACUUAGAAAAACACAAAAUUGGUUCUCAUGCACUAUUAAUGUCAUGGGGACUACGCAGAUUAAAAAAUGAGUUAACUAAUAAAGAAGUAGUUAUCAUUUUUAUUAACCAAAUAAGAAAUAAAAUUAAUACUGGUUUCUACGGGGGAAAUCCUGAGACAACUACUGGCGGAAUGGCGUUACAUUUCGAUGCUGACCUGCGCAUUAAAUUGAAAAGAAAAGACAAAAUCGAGCGAGAUGGAGAACUGGUAGGUAUUGAGGUGGAAGCCAGAAUAGUGAAAAACAAGUUAUCAGCACCGGGCAAAAUUGCUAAUUUAGAAAUAAUCUUUGCUCAGGGUAUUCAAAAAGAACGGGAAAUUAUUGACUUGGCGACUGAGUUAAAUAUUAUUCAAAAGAGCGGAACUUGA